AUGACUAGCAUUAGUUUCAGUGAAGCUUCAUCUAGUAAAAUAAAAUUUCCGGUGGAGUUGACCAAAAAGAUACCAUUACAAGAUACAUACCUACCAAUAGAAUCCUGUGAAUUUGAUUUAAGCGUACCAUUGGAAACAAACCAAAACUUGAUGGAGGAUGUCCAACCCAGUCAUGACAGAGGAGUAGAAAAAACAAAUGCUGAUGUCGAAGUCGAUGCUCGUCGAUGUACUGAAUGGGUUGAUUCACAGAUCCAUCACAUUAAUCCAGUGCAUUUACCACAACCAUUCAAUGUUGAGUAUACACAUAUUGAAGUUACUAUAACCACUAUACCAAGCUCAGAUGGUCAAGUUUGGUAUAGUCCAUACAAAUUUUUAAUAAAUGCAAUGGUUUACUCUUCUGACGAAAAUCCAAUAUACAUUCCAAUUGAUAAUUUGAAGGAUGGUGUUAUGAAAUUAGAGCUAAUAUUAGUUACUUUUGUCCAUAAGGAGUUGAAUGAUAUACAACUUAGACCAUUUCCAAUGCUACCAGAUGAAAGAUUCUAUGCUCCUCAUAAAAGAUUAAAUCCAAAACAGUUAAUUAAAUCGUUUGAAUUACAAAAAUGUCGAUUAGUGCUUCGCCUGUGGCGCAAAAUUGGUGAUAAUAUGGUUCCAGAUCUAGAUACAGGAAUAAUUUCAAAUAUUAUAGAAGCAGUUCCACCUAAGAAAAAAUCAAAACCAAAUGAAAGUCUUCUGGCACAUACAGAAAAUCCGGUACAGUCAAUUGUCACAUCAUUAGCAACGUGUAAUUCAGGUGUCAUGUCAUCAGGUGAGCAUUAUAUAUAUAGUAGUGGAAUGCAAAAACAAAAUGCUCAUUACAUGAUUGAUCAAUUAUCAUCUCAACAACUACCGGAACUGCUAAAAUUUCUUCGAAAGUUGAUGUUGGACGUUCCAAGUAGUCACAUCACAAAUGAAAGUGUACCUCCAGUCCACAGCAGUAUAAAGUCGCUUUCCAACAAACGAUCAUUAAAUGAUGAACAGGAAAGGUGCCAUCCAAAGUCAAAACGUUCAUGCCAAAUUGGUUCAUUCAAUUUACGUCGCUAUGGACCACAAAAAUCGGACAACGCAUAUUCAAAUCUAUACAUUACCAAAAUUAUCUUACGUUACGAUAUUAUAUUUUUAACCGAAUUGAAUGAUCAAACAGGUAGUAUAACAGCAAAAUUACUAGAAAAUGUAAAUAAAUUAAUUACAAAAGAAUCAGAUAAAUUUAAUGUUAUGUUAUCGAAUCAACUCGGUGAUACAUCAUAUAAAGAACGUUUUGCAUAUUUUUAUCGUACUAAUAAUGUUCAAUUCACUAUUGUUAGUGAUUAUGUCUACGAUGGUGGUAAAGGUCUAUUUGAACGAUCACCGUAUAUAAUGAAAAUACAAAUUUCUCGAUCUCGAACAUUGACCUAUUUAACAUUUGUUGGUGUCCAUUUAAAACCGGAAAAUGUUUAUUCAGAAUUUAAAAAUUUACGAAAAGUUGUUGACGAAUUAGAUUCGAAACGACAAAAUAAACGAUCAAAAUUAAAAAAAUUUUUACAAAUGUUUAAGAAAAGAAACAAUUCUAAUACAACAAUAACACCAUUGAUUAUUAUGGGUGAUUUCAAUGCAGAUUGUUCCUAUUUAAAUAAUCAAAAGAAAAAAGAUAUUAGAGAAAAUUAUUUUAAUGAUUUUACAUGGUUAAUCGAUGACAAAAUGGAAACGAAUUUACUUGAAACAUGUUCAUAUGAUCGAAUUUUAAUUAAAGGUUCAUCACUUGUUGCUAACGUUGUACAAUAUUCAAAUCAAGUAUUUGCAUUUGACAAAGAAUAUGAUUUAACAAAACAAUUAGCAUUGCAAGUCAGUGAUCAUUAUCCAGUUGAAUUUGAAAUAUUUUUAAAGAAUUAA